AGUUCCUCGAUCCCACUGGCUUCAAGGCCUGAAAGGCUUAUAUCAGAGAGCAACUUGAGAAUUUUCCCAACAAUGACAUCACUGAUUGUGACAUAAUCUGGUGACGCGGGGCUUUCUAGAUACUGGGAACCUGUGUCCCAUGUUAGGGCAGAUUUGGGAUAGUGUUUUGGAGGUCAUUUAACCUUUUUCUAGAUUUUGUAAUAAGCCUGAUUUAGCCAAUCAGUUAUUUAUUGAGCGCUUGCUACGUGCAAGGCCGCUGUGGAGGAAAAAAGACAAAAAGAUCUGCCCUUGUAGAGUUUACACUCUGGUCAUUGGGGGCUGGGGAGAGAGGCAAUAGCCAAAACAAACAGCUGUUGGAAAAUGCUCUAGGAUGCGGAUGUGAGAAAGGUGAGCCAAGAAGGAAGAUGGCGACGAGGAGCAGCCCUAGCCCCAUGCCCCUGGGCAUGGCUCAGGGUGACCCUGGAGAGGCAGGAACACUGCCUGGUCCCGAUGCCGGCAUCCGGGACGCAUGUUCAGCCACUCAGCUGAAGAUGAAACCCAAGAAGGUGCGCAAGAUCAAGGCCCUCAUCAUUGACCUGGGCUCCCAGUACUGUAAGUGCGGCUAUGCUGGCGAGCCGAGGCCCACCUACUUCAUCUCCUCCACCGUGGGCAAGCGCUACUCUGAGGCGGCUGAUGCUGGCGACACCCGCAAGGAGACCUAUGUGGGCCACGAGCUGCUCAACACGGAGGCGCCCCUGAAGCUGAUGAACCCGCUCAAAUACGGCAUCGUGGUGGACUGGGAUUGCGUGCAGAGCAUCUGGGAGUACAUCUUCCACACAGCCAUGAAGAUCCUCCCCGAGGAGCAUGCGGUGCUGGUCUCCGACCCCCCACUCAGCCCCAGCAGCAACCGGGAGAAGUAUGCGGAGCUCAUGUUUGAGACCUUCGGCAUCCCUGCCAUGCAUGUGACAUCCCAGUCACUGCUGUCCAUCUACUCCUACGGCAAGACCUCGGGCCUGGUGGUGGAGAGCGGGCACGGCGUCUCGCACGUGGUGCCCAUCUCGGAGGGCGAUGUGCUGCCAGGCCUAACGGCCCGUGCCGACUACGCUGGCAGCGACCUCACCAACUACCUGCUGCAGCUGCUCAACGAGGCCGGCCACAAGUUCACGGACGACCACCUGCACAUCAUCGAGCACAUCAAGAAGAAGUGCUGCUACUCGGCACUCAUGCCCGAGCAGGAGCUCGGCCUGUGCCUGGAGGAGAUGCGCGUAGACUACGAGCUCCCCGACGGCAAGCUCAUCACCAUUGGCCAGGAGCGCUUCCAGUGCGCCGAGAUGCUCUUCAAGCCCACCCUGGUGGGCAGCAGCCAGCCUGGCCUGCCCGCGCUCACGGCCGCCUGCCUGGACCGCUGCCAGGAGGUGGGCUUCAAGGAGGAGAUGGCCGCCAACGUGCUGCUGUGUGGUGGCUGUACCAUGCUGGAUGGCUUCCCCGAGCGCUUCCAGAGGGAGCUGAGCCUCCUCUGCUCCGGGGACAGCCCCGUGGUGGCUGCCGCUCCCGAGAGGAAGACCUCCGUGUGGACCGGCGGCUCCAUCCUCGCCUCCCUGCAAGCCUUCCAGCAGCUCUGGGUCAGCAAGGAAGAGUUUGAGGAGCGGGGCAGCGUGGCCAUCUAUAGCAAGUGCUGAGCGCUGCUGCCCUGACAGG